AUGGCCGGACCCCCUCGCUUUCUACACGACGCCACCGCUGAACCAGGGGCUCCAGCCACAGCAACACAGAAGCAGUGGGACCCGACAACAGGCCACUCGGCCCUCGGGGACGGCGGCAUAAGAGACAACCGCUGGCAGCUGCAGCACAUAACCGUAAGUACCACCAACCGGGACUCACCCUUUAAUAGGGGUACCAACCCCCUUAUGGACACUGGGGGAAACGAGACUGUUCUCCUAAACCACAUCAAGCUGUGA